AACUCUACGUCAUCCAUGAAAGGCGCCGAGGCAGGACUUCCUGUUAUUGCCUGUAACAGUUUCCGGGAGAAGGGGGAAGAACCCGGACCUUGGACAGAUUCGGAGACUGUCAGCCCUUUCUUCGGCCCCUCUAAGAAAGGCGAGACCAGGGACCGCCCCGGGGGAUCCCUGCGUUUUCAGAAACCCCUGCGAGCCGUAUUUAGUGGAGAGCCAUAGGUGCAUGCACCUAAUGAGGUGGGAUGGGUGCUGAAGAGGAGUGUGACAACGAUACCCCCCCCCCAGCAAGAACCCAGGCAGCAGCCAGGCCAUGAAGCUCUCUGGGGUCACCCUCAUUGAGGGUGUGGGUAACGAGGUGAUGGUGCUGGCAGGUGUGGUACUGCUGGUUCUAGCCCUGGUCCUAGCUUGGCUCUCUACAUACGUAGCAGACAGCAAUAGCAGUCAACUCCUGGGAACUAUUGUUUCAGCAAGCAACACCUCCAUCCUUCACCUGGGCCAUGUAGACCAGCUGGUGGCUGGUCCAGGGGUCCCCGACCCCCCUGAGCUGCCCGAUCCAUUAGAGGACAGUGAGGAGAAGGCUGAAGAGGCUUGUACAGGUGAGGGCGAUGCAGCUGGGGAGCUGGGCACUGGGGCAAGUGUGGAGCCCAGCCUGGAGCAGCUCCUGGACAUCCGGGGCCUGCCCAGGCGGCGGCCAGCUGCAGACAGUGGUGGUCCAGAAGCCCUGCCAUGCUCUGAGCAGAGCACUUGCCUGCCUCCCGGCGCUGGCCUCAUCAACCUGAGGCUCAAAUUCCUCAAUGACACCGAGGAGCUGGCUGUGGUCAAGCUGGAGGACACUGUGGGCACUCUGAAGAGCAAGUGCUUCCCUGGACAGGAAGGCCAGACAAAGCUCAUCUACAAGGGCCGCCUGCUGCAGGACCCAGCAAGUACACUUCGUUCCCUGGAUAUCACCGACAACUGUGUGAUCCACUGCCACUGCCUGCCCCCUGGGGCUGCGGCCCCGGACCCCUCUGCCCCGCUGGCCACCUCCACUACAGAGCCGCCCAGCCUGGGCCUUGGUGUGGGCAGCCUCAUGGUGCCUGUGUUUGUGGUGCUCCUGGGUGUGGUCUGGUACUUCCGGAUCAACUACCGCCAGUUCUUCACAGCCCCAGCAACGGUCUCCCUAGUGGGCGUCACAGUCUUCUUCAGCUUCCUGGUCUUUGGGAUGUACUCGAGAUAGAACCUGGAGAGUUGAAGGGCACGGGCUUCCUCUGCUGCUGCUUCCCUUUCCCAGCCAAAGCUGGGCCCAGGCCUGGGGGGGCAGUCAGCCCAUGGUAUUCUGGCAGGACCAUAUCUGGCUUGUGGAAAGCUUGCAGUCUUCUGCCCCUGACACCUCUGUAGGGCACUGGCAUGGGUCCCAAGAUUGGCAUGGCACAGGUAGGGAGAGACUGCUUACCCCUGCAGCACCUGGUCACCUCAGUCGGCUCUUUGGGUAUGGGGCCCACUUCCACAGAGCACUUUGCUGGCCUCAUCUUAAUAGUGCUUUAUGGGCCUCUGCCAGGCCACAGCUACUGCGCCCCUAGGCUCAGAGCUGCCGGUGACCACUAGGCUCCAAGGAAGGCUCCAGAGGGGUCCCAACAGACCACAUGAAGGCCCUGGAUAAAGGCUCUGUGUCUGCAACUGAAUAAAGGUACUCUAUGGCCA